AAUGGUACAAUAGUAUGCGUAAUAUCCGGCCGUGGCGGAAGUGGAGGUUCUCUUUUCUCGUGGUGUCAGCGGACCUCAACGUGUCCGGACAAAAUGGCACUUUAUAAUUUUAAGAAGAUUAUGGUGGUACCCACCGCCAAGGAAUUCAUCGACAUCACUUUGUCCAAGACACAAAGGAAGACGCCCACGGUGAUACACAAACAUUACCAGAUUCAUCGCAUCCGACACUUCUACAUGCGAAAGGUGAAGUUCACGCAGCAGAACUACCACGACCGCCUCACGCAGAUCCUCGCCGACUUCCCCAAACUUGACGACAUCCAUCCGUUUUACGCUGACCUGAUGAAUGUUUUGUACGAUAAAGAUCACUACAAGCUAGCCCUGGGUCAGAUAAACAUUGCCAAGAAUCUGAUUGACAACGUUGCUAAAGACUACGUGCGUCUGAUGAAAUACGGAGACUCUCUGUAUCGGUGUAAACAGCUGAAGAGAGCGGCUCUUGGUCGCAUGUGCACCAUCCUGAAGAGGCAGAAGUCCAGUCUGGAGUAUCUGGAGCAAGUGCGUCAGCAUCUGUCCCGUCUGCCCACCAUCGACCCAAACACCAGGACUCUGCUGCUCUGUGGUUACCCCAACGUAGGAAAGUCCAGCUUCAUCAACAAGGUGACCAGAGCUGAUGUGGACGUGCAGCCGUACGCCUUCACCACCAAGUCUCUGUUUGUGGGUCACAUGGACUACAGAUACCUGCGCUGGCAGGUGGUGGACACCCCGGGGAUCCUGGACCACCCCCUGGAGGAGAGGAACACCAUCGAGAUGCAGGCCAUCACGGCCCUGGCCCACCUGAGGGCCGCCGUCCUCUACGUCAUGGACGUCUCGGAGCAGUGUGGUCACACGCUGCAGGAGCAGCUGGAGCUCUUCAACAACAUCAGACCCCUCUUCUCCAACAAGCCUCUCAUCAUCGUGGCCAACAAAAGUGACGUGAAGAAGAUCAGCGAGCUGUCGGAGGAAGGUCAGAAAAUCUUCGCAGAGGUGAGCGCAGAGGGAGUCCCUGUGAUCGAGACCAGCACCCUGACAGAGGAGGGGGUCAUGCAGGUGAAAAACGAGGCCUGCGACCGCCUCCUCGCACACCGCGUCGACGCCAAGAUGAAGGGCAAGAAGGUCCACGACGUCCUGAACCGGCUGCACCUGGCCAUGCCCAACAAGAGAGACCAGAAGGAGAGGCCGCCGUUCAUCCCAGAGGGAGCGCUGACUCGCAGGAGGGCCAUGGAGGUGGACACCCCCAAACGCAAACUGGAGCGAGACCUGGAGAUGGAGCUGGGAGACGACUACAUCCUGGACCUGCAGAAGUACUGGGACCUGAUGAACGAGGACGAGAAGAGCGAUAAGAUCCCCGAAGUCUGGCAGGGCCACAACAUCGCAGACUACAUCGACCCCAGCAUCAUGAGGAAACUGGAGGAGCUGGAGAAGGAGGAGGAGCUGAAGGAGCGAGCCGGGGAGUACGACUCUGACGAGGAGAGCGAGGAUGAGGAGAUGCAGGAAAUCCGCACUCUGGCCAAACAGAUCCGUCAGAAGAAGCAGCUCAUGGUCCUGGAGUCUAAGGAGAAGGACGUGCACGGCCCCCGAAUGCCCCGCACCGCCACCAGGGUGGAGAGGAAGAAGCUGGAGAAGGAGAUGAGCGACCUGGGUCUGGACAUGAACGACAAGGAGGAGAGUCACUACGUUCAACAGGCCCGUCGUUCCCGCAGUGUAGCUAAGAAACGCAAACGCGAGGCCUCAGCUCCACCCACUUCCAAGACCCGCAGCCAGAGCGCUUCCCGUCCACCACGAGACCAGUCUGGAUUACGAGACACAAAGAUGGUGAAGAAGACAAAGAAAAUGAUGAAGUCAUCACAGAAGGACAUGAACCGUCAGGGCAGGAAGGGCGAGUCGGACCGACACGUGUACGACCUCAAACCCAAACAUCUGCUGUCGGGGAAGAGGAAGUCGGGCACCAACGAUCACAGAUAAAAAAAUAAAUAAAAAUCACCUUCGUGUUUGGACUGUUCACAUCAGAACAACCGCCAAACUGCUCGCUAACGUGUGCUGAUGGUCCGUUAGAUCAUCAUUCAUCAAUCACUGUUUCAUUGUCUGAUAAAGUCUGGACAGGUCUGGACAGAUGGUCCUGAACUGAACUGGUCACGAAAUAAAUCCUGAACCAAA